GCGGCCCCCAGCCUCCCGCGCCGCCCCCCCAGGCAUGGCCCAGGGCCUCGCCGCACUAUGGCAGCAGCACGGCACAGCACGCUCGACUUCAAGCUCGGCGCCAAAGCUGAUGGAGAGACCAUUCUGAAAGGUCUCCAGUCCAUUUUCCAGGAGCAGGGCAUGACAGAGUCAGUGCACACCUGGCAGGACCAUGGCUACUUAGCAACCUACAUAAACAAAAAUGGCAGCUUUGCCAACUUGAGAAUAUACCCACAUGGAUUGGUGUUGCUGGACCUUCAGAGCUACGAGGGUGACGCGCAAGGCAAAGAAGAAGUUGAAAGUCUUUUGAACAGAGUAGAAGAAAGAAUGAAAGAACUGAGUCAGGACAUUGCUGGCCAAGUGAAGCGAUUGCCACCCAUAGUUCGUGGAGGGGCUAUAGACAGAUACUGGCCCACUGCUGAUGGCCGCCUGGUUGAGUAUGACAUAGAUGAAGUGGUAUAUGAUGAAGACUCGCCAUAUCAGAACAUCAAAAUCCUGCACUCGAAGCAAUUUGGGAAUAUUCUCAUCCUUAGUGGGGAUGUCAAUUUGGCAGAGAGUGAUUUGGCGUAUACACGGGCCAUCAUGGGCAGUGGCAAAGAAGAUUACACUGGCAAAGACGUUCUGAUUCUGGGAGGUGGAGAUGGGGGCAUAUUAUGUGAAAUAGUCAAACUGAAACCAAAGAUGGUCACGAUGGUAGAGAUUGACCAAAUGGUGAUUGAUGGAUGUAAGAAAUACAUGCGAAAAACGUGUGGCGACGUCUUAGACAAUCUUAAAGGAGACUGCUAUCAGGUUCUAAUAGAAGACUGUAUUCCAGUACUGAAGAGGUACGCCAAAGAAGGGAGGGAGUUUGACUAUGUGAUUAAUGAUUUGACUGCUGUUCCGAUCUCCACAUCUCCAGAAGAAGAUUCCACAUGGGAAUUUCUCAGACUGAUUCUUGACCUCUCAAUGAAAGUACUGAAACAGGAUGGGAAAUAUUUUACACAGGGGAACUGUGUCAAUUUGACUGAAGCCCUGUCACUCUAUGAAGAACAGCUCGGACACCUGUAUUGUCCUGUGGAAUUCUCAAAGGAAACCGUCUGUGUCCCUUCAUACUUGGAAUUGUGGGUUUUCUACACUGUUUGGAAGAAGGCUAAACCUUGAAGGUCGGCUCGCUCUGAUCACGCGUGCUGCAGACGGUCCUCCUGACCUUCACACGCUAUACAUGACAUCGAAACAAGUCAGGCAAUUGAUUGUGAAUUCCUUCCAGUUUUCUUUUUUUAAUUAUUAUUUUUAAUUUAAAAAAAGCGAAUGGAAAAUGUAUAUUUUGAUGAGCUAGGGUGUUAUUUUUUGAAAGUCAGCUGAAGGAUGAUUAGACACCACAGCGAAAGCUGCUAAAUGCACUGAAACCCUAGAAUGUGAUUUUUGUUACUUUUUUUUUCUGUGUGGGCCUCUUUUUUUUUUUUUGUUCGUUCGUUUGUUUGGUAGCCUUUCAAUUUGCUUGUUUGGAGGAAUGGACAUCAUUGUUUUUAUUCUGGAGGGAAGUUCUUGUUGGUGUUUCUUUUCCCAAAAAUUGACUUAAAGAUUAAAAUUUGGUGCUUACAAGAAAGUUAAAAAAAAAAAGAGAAUACCAAUGAAUCAAUUAAAAUCACAAAAGAAAUUGUGCGUGUGUGUGCUGUUUUAUUUCAGUUUUUAUUUCAGUCCAGUCCCCUCCAUCUAGCUUCUGAUCUCACAGAACAAAGGUGUCUCCUGGUCUUUUUUUUAGUUUGGUUAUAUCACUCAGUACCAUUUAUCUCUUUAUAAUAGGAUGGCCUUAGGGCCUUUUUUGAACAGAAGUAAUGACUUCAUUUACCACUGGAGGUAAAUGAUACACAGGCUAUUACAUCCACCAGUUCUUCAUUACAAAAUUGACCUGAGGAUAGGGAACGAUUUGGCCUCACUAUAAAGUUGAAAGUCAAAAGUGGAAUAAAGAUCAUUUUGGAUUCCUGCUGUGAAUUUUGGGCAAGGUGUUUGGAUGCAGAGAUAGCGAUAAAUUUGGCUGGAGGGACCCAUGACGUGCACCUCGAACAUGAGGAAAGUGCAUGUAACUAACAACGUGGCAGUGGAUUUGUGGUAAUAAUCCACAUCAAGAUUGAAUAUUGAGCUGUCCGAUAAUCACUGAGUAUUGUUUAUAUGAAAGGUUUUUGCUUUAUCAAUGGGAUAGGUUCAUUUAUGGUGAAUUUGCAGUAAGCCUUAAAAACGAAAUAUUCAGUGCCUGUUUUGAGAUAGAAUAUUUGUCAACUCAGAACAUUUUUCCUCCCAUGAUAGGUUCUUGGUAUAUGAUAGAUACCCUUUAAAAAUGAGUGUGUCUACUCCCCCCCCUCUUGUUUCUUACUAGACUGGCACAGGAGAAGAAACGACAUAGAAUAAGAGGAGUUAGUCAUGUGCAAACUAGAUAGGCUUUCAACAAAUUUCUCUUGGUUGAAAACAGCAUAGGUAAACAUGAAGAAUCUACCCACCCCCCUUGGAAUUGUCUACCAUGCUUUGCAAAGGUUCUGUAUACUGUGAGAUUGAAAACAAUGGUUACUGUUACUGUUAGUAUACCAUUUUGGAUUGAUAGAAUGGUUUCCAUUUUAGAAAAGAUGCCUGAAUAUGGUGUUAUUAAUUUGUAGGCAUAACUUUAUACUUGAAGACUGGCUUGAUGCCAAGGCUAAAUCCACGGAUAAAUCUGGUGACAUAUAGGUCCUGCCUGCCAAGAGCCUAAAGUUAGAAAUGAGGUAAAUCAAGUUGUGCCAUGCCACAUGCUAUACAUUUGGGAAUGGGUAAGGGUAUGGGAAGAAGAAAGGAAUGGAAAUGUUUUUUUAUUUGGGGUGAUGAUAAAUUCUGACUCUACUCAUUUCGUUGUAUUGGAGAAAGGAUGCUACCUGUUUUGAACAUCUCUUUGUAAUUAUUUUAAAAGAAAAGCUUGCAAGUUGAACUCUAAAAACAGCUACAUUUUGCUGCAUUGUAAGGAAAUGUUCUAGGAUCCAGCCAUUGCUGUUUUACUUAAAGUGGCUGUCGUGUCAGAAUGUUAUGGUCGCCUUUAUGAUUUAAAACAGUAUACCCUAUUAUCAUAGACCUACUUUUUAGUUAAAGACAAGUCACAUAGUUGUUUAAAUUCUAUUCAACACACCAGAUAUCAAGAAUUGGUUUACUGGGCCUCCCCGGUGUGCAGCGGU